AUGGCUGAACAUGUCGAUAGUAGUCGUCUCAACAAGGACCUUCGCUAUCGUUUCGAAUAUCUUUCCAAAUUUCUCAACUUCACAUCGGCUGAUAUCACAGCGCUCAAUACAUUCGCAACUAUCAUACUGCCACUCAUUCCGGUCAUCGUUGAUUCUGUCUAUCGAAAACUAUUCUCAUUCGACAUAACCAAGCAACAUUUUCUCAUCAGCAGCGAAAGUACCCUACCAAAACGCACCACGUCUGUAACAUUAGAAUCUGCACAAAUGAGUUUUCGGAAAGAUAUGUUAAGUAAGUAUCUCAAGCGUGUAUUAACCCAACGUGAAUGGAACGAUACAUUUUUGCAAUAUCUUUCUCAAGUCGGACGAAUGCACACCAAUCAGACUGGCUCAACAUCGAUCAAUGUUGAUUAUAUCCAUAUCAAUGCUCUACUUGGUUAUGUAGAACAGCUAUUAAUCGAUGUUCUGUGUAAGAACGAUAGUAUCAUGGAAGGUAGUAAAUGUGGAAUUUUAACGGCCAUUAACAAAUUAUUUUGGAUACAAAAUGACUUUUUCACUAUGCACUAUUUUAAAUCAUUAACUAAAAGUUCCAGCUUGAUUGAAACGCCAACUUUAGGGAAAAAAUCGAAAUGCUGUUGGAUAUGA